GACAACGUUCGUCAGUAGCCUUCUUGGUAAAGGGAGCUAAUCUCAGCUACUGACACAUCCGCUUCAGACCAGUAGCCGUGAUCCUGACAUCUCCUGACCCUCAGAGGCAAUGCUUCCGUCGCCGCCGUCACCGUGGGAUAUCGCUUCCACUAUCUAUAUAAGUGAGACACUGUCAUUGAUGUCUUCCAUAUGUCUACCACAACCUCCGAGAAAUCCUUAGAACAGUCGCAUGAGACGGUUAACAAUCGUCUCACUGACGUCGGUGGAAAGGACCAGCGUGCCUACGAGCGCGCUAGGCACCAGACGAAGGAGCGGCGGGAGCAUGCGCAAGUGAAGGAGCGCAAGGAGAGAGCGGCUGGGGGAGUACCAGCACCAGCGCCCAAGCAGGGGCACGCGAGCCGGGCUGCUAAGAGGGCCAGCUUGGAACUCUGGGAUGGCGAUGAGCCUGACUCUCGUAUACUCAUUGGAUCGGGGCGCCCCGUUAAUGUUGCACCAGUGACGAGGACCAAGUCUGGUUUCUCGAUGAUGGCGCUUGCGGAUUUCGUGACGUUCAAGACCAAGAAGCCAUCCAAGGCGCAAGAUGCUGACUUCGAGGUCCUCCCGCCUGUCCGUUCGGUCAUUGCUCUUGAUGACUUUGGACAUGACAUUGAGAUCAAUGAGCCUUGGGAGUUCAUCUCGCUUGCCCCGGAAUCACCCGCUUGCAAAGGCCUGUCGUAUGCUCAGGCUGCUGCUUUGACCCUUUAGAUUCUGCUAUUGUGUUUGACAUUUGAUCAGUACCACACCACAUCAUACCACACCCAUGACGACUUAAAUCAUUCCUACUUUCAUUCAUUACGAACUCACGUUACAUCUUCGAGAUCCACGUCAUAUUGUCUUGGUCCUCGUUAUAAUUCUACUUACUGAACUGGAUGGUUUAUUUGGACUUUGA